AUGCACCAUUUCAAGUCGUACGUUGGCGUGGCCAUUUGGGGGGCUCUGGUCACCACCGCGCCGCUGGCCUCGCGCAGCGGCUUAAUCACACAAGAUCCCAAAAGCUACACCCACAUUUCAGCCAGCGAUGUCAUUGCUGCAGGGCAAAGCGGCACGGCUAGCCACGGCGGCGUGACCAAGGGCGCGCAGAGAGGUCCUGACCCUGACGACGACGAUCCCGAUGAUCCAGACGACGAGGACGACGACGAGGAUCUCAUUCCAGGGGAUCUCCUCGAAGGCGACAACGACUCGGGCGGCGAGAGCGACGUCGGCAACGACGCCGUGUCCGUGGCCAACGGCCUGCUCGGCAGCGGAGGCGCCGGCAGCGCGGCGCUCAACAACCAGACAUCCGGCUCGACGGCCGUGUUCUGCAGCCUGUUUGCGUGCGCGUCGGCCGCGCAGUCGGACGGCAAGGUCAGCACCAGCGCGACGGGCGCCAGGAUACACGCCAGCGGCCCCCUCAUCAGCAUCAAAGGGCCGCUGGUCGUCAUACAGGCGUCGCGCACGUCGGUUCGCAAAACUUUGAGCUCAAAGGGCGAGGGCCAGCGGCGGGGUACCUUGCAAGAUUCGAAGAAGACACAGUGA